GCACUGACUGGCAGCACUGCUGGACGGCACUGGUGGGCGGGCACAGGUGGGUGGCACUGGUGGGCACAGGUGGGUGGCACUGGAGGGCACAGGUGGGUGGGCACAGGUGGGUGGGCACAGGUGGGUGGCACUGCUGGGCACAUGCAGAGUGGCACAGGUGGGUGCACUGCUGGGCACAGGUGGGGGCACUGCUGGGCACAGGUGGGGGCACUGCUGGGCACAGGUGGGCGGGGCAAGUGGGCGCACUGCUGGGCGGAACUUGCGGGUGUCACUGCUGGGCACCGAUCAUCAGGGCAC